AUGUUGUGCAAUACAACGAAGGGUAACACAGGGAGACUCUGUAAACUUUACUUCGGACGAGAAAGACCUGAAAAUACAUCAUUACUUCGAUGUCUUCCAUAUUUUAUGCUGAUUGGUCAACCAAAAAGCGGAAGUACUGAUCUGUUCAAACGCAUUAUGCAGCAUCCUGAUGUGCAGCAAGGCAUUUCGAAGGAGCCACAAUAUUGGGCAAGAAGUCGUCACUGUUCCUACAGCAGCAAAAGAUAUGGCUGCAAACUCAUACACCCACAGUCGUUUACUGAAUAUUUAGACUAUUUUAAUCCUGCUGCGGAAAUCCUGCAAGUUGCUAAUGAUACCCAGAGGAGAAAAGUUAUAACGGGAGGCUUGCCCUCUGAGGAGGACGUCCAGGAUGAGGGUGACCAUGAGGCUGAUGAGGUUGAGGACCAGUAUGUGUUGUCCGGUAUGAAGCCUCAAAAACCUCAAGUUUACAUUAACUUUGCAAAACAAGAUAUUAUAUUUGGGAAAAUAGGUGAAGGUAGCGGGACUACUAUGUGGUUUAACGAAUGGUGGUGGUGGAAUCCGAAAAAUAAAAAUGACAAGGAACCUGGAUUACUCAACGCUCAUUUCAUACGUCACAUCCUGCCGGAUGUGAAAUUGUUGGCCAUUCUUAGAAACCCAGUUGACCGGUUGUUUUCUGCUUAUCUAUAUUUCGGGAACAGUGCAAAAAAGUCUGUUAAAUUGUUCCAUAGCAUAGUGACCACUUCAGUGAACAAAUUCAACACGUGCUUAGCAAAGGAAAGUCUACGACACUGUGCUUACAAGGAAUGCACUACUCCGACUAGCUUGUGUCUUGGCUUAUACGCUGUAUACCUAAAAGACUGGAUGGAUAUUUUCCCUCGGAAACAACUUCUCGUCCUCUCAUUAGACGAAUACUCGACGAACCCGUCAAUGACCAUGUUGAAAAUAUAUAAGUUCCUUGAAUUAUGUGAUAUUGGUAACGUUGAAACUACAGCAAAACAUCACAAUGAAAGAGGACUGUCAACCCGAGCAGUAGGGCCGAUGCUCAACGAGACCAGACAUAUAUUGGAACAAUUUUAUAAGCCGUUCAAUGACGCACUCUUUCUAUUAUUGAACGACACAAGAUUUCUUUGGAAGACAUGA